CUUUGCAGAAAAGCCUCCAGCAUCACAAUUGUUGCCGCAGAUUUGAAGUUGUGAAUCAUGGGGAACAUUUUUGGGAAUUUGCUGAAGAGCCUCAUAGGAAAGAAGGAGAUGCGGAUCUUGAUGGUGGGGCUGGACGCAGCUGGUAAAACAACGAUCCUCUAUAAGCUCAAACUGGGGGAAAUAGUCACCACCAUCCCAACAAUUGGGUUUAAUGUGGAGACGGUGGAGUACAAGAACAUCAGCUUCACUGUGUGGGACGUAGGUGGGCAGGACAAGAUCCGUCCCCUCUGGAGACACUACUUUCAAAACACACAGGGUCUAAUCUUUGUGGUGGACAGUAAUGACAGAGAGCGUGUGAACGAAGCACGGGAGGAGCUGAUGAGGAUGCUGGCUGAGGAUGAACUGAGAGAUGCAGUGCUCCUUGUGUUUGCUAAUAAACAGGACUUACCGAACGCCAUGAACGCUGCUGAGAUCACAGAUAAGUUGGGCUUGCAUUCUCUGCGUCACCGUAACUGGUACAUCCAGGCCACCUGCGCCACCAGCGGCGACGGCCUCUAUGAGGGCCUUGAUUGGCUGGCCAAUCAACUCAAGAACAAGAAAUAAGAAGAAAAGCGGAAAAGGCAGCCAGCAGCCACACCCAUCCGACUUUCUAUUUGUUUUGGGGAUGGGGGUGCGGGGUGAGGUUCAAGGGUUUUGAUUGGUUAGGUGUGAAGAAAGAGUCUGGGUCUGGGGGAGAUUUCACUUUUUGGUCUGUUCCUAAUAGUUUUCAGCAGUUAUUGAAAACAAAUUCUCAUGUUCAUAUUUAACCACACACACACACACAAACACACACACACUAACUGUAAGCAAUCACAGCAGACACUUGCUUUUCCUCCGUCCACCUCUUGUCCUUAGGUGCAAUGUACUGUAUGUUAGUCUCUAGGUGCUGUGCCGAGUCAUGUGUGACUCCACUGAGUCAGCAAUCAGUCAAAUAUGACUUUGUUGAUGUAUGUUUUUCAACUGUCAGUUGUCCAUGCAAAGUGUGUGUCAGUUGCACUACAUGUUUUUGUUUUUUGUUCUGUUUUUUUUAAUGUAUUUCUGCGGGGUAACAGAGCCAUGUUUGAAAACAAUCACAGCUGGCAGAUUUAUGUCACCAUAAUUCAUUUUAAUGGUUUGCUCUCCCCUUUUUAGUUUGUGAGCAAUGCUGAGGUAACAGAUUUAGUGCAUACAUGCGCGUGCACACACAUCCUCUGUGUGUUCAUGCGAGCGGCCUGGACAGUUUGGAUCAGUGCUGGAUUUCCUCUCCUCAUCACACAUCCUCUUACUGCCACACUUUGGAAAUCUUUUGAUAUCUGCGGUGCGUUUCUACUCCCCGUGUGGCAACCCGAAGCGUUGAAGCCGCCCCUUUUUAAAUAUUUUAAAAUGCGCAACACGUUCUCGAUUGCCUGAGCUGCAUGCAUCCUGCUGGCAUUGUUGCACACUCCUCCAUACUGAGAGCUGCGUAGAUGUCGAUGCUCGUUGUGUUCUGGUGCUGUUUACAACAGAAACUAACUGAACCACCACCUUCUGCAUCAGGUGGCAACAUUUGCUAAAAAAAAAAAAGAAGGAAAACACCCCUUUAGUCAGCUGUGUGAUCUUUUAAUGUGAAAACAGUAUAAAGGCUGAUCUGCCCAUAAACUCGGUGCAGAUGCUGCUGCUUGUCUGCCUUCUUGUGUGUCCAUACGAGUACUCAAACUGCAUCAGGUUGCUCUCGCUUGUGUGUUUUUGUCUCAGACCUGCAUAUCGGGGGGUUGACUCUGUUCCUCUGUGUUACUGAAUGUGAAUAUUGUUGAUGAAUCUAUAAAUGGCUGUGAUGAUGUUUUUCCGACGUGCAUAUUCCAUCAUUUCAGUGAUGUGUCUGCAUAAUAAUACGAAAGAAAGCAGGGUAAGCAGAUCGAUAAGUCAGCAUUGUCGUUUGCAGAUAUUCAUUCAGCACGUCCACAACUCACUUUUUGAACAGCAGACGAAUUACUGCGUCACAAGCUGACACCAGCAGAAUCCACAGACUUCUGUCAAUAAAACGAUUUCUUUGUGCCAUACAUGGGCACGACUGCUCAUACAAUAGCAACAGUGCAACACACUGCACAUCCACACUACCAACUUCUCUGUGCGUUGUUCAUAUUCAGCGUCUAUGUUAAAUCAUGAGUGUGUUCAUUUGGUUUGCGUGGCCUUAUAUUUAGUGAUGACUUCUGAUUGAUUUCCUCUCGGCUAGUUCGGUCCUAAUUUCGACUCACAUAUAUUUAUCUAUAAAGAAUGAUUUGCAGAUUUAUUCCUCUAUGCCCUAAACAGGCAUGUUUUUUUGGGGUUUUUUUUGCGCCACAGUUCACGAUGAUAAGCAGAGGUUUUGUCGUAUAGUACGUUUUGUUUUUGCCAGUAUACUUGAUUCAUAUUUGGUGGUAGAUUUUAUUGGUUUUCCUUUGGGGUUUAAAGAAACAUUGGUGUAGACUGUGUCUGUGAAACAAUGAUAACCAGUGCGGAAAUAAAUAAUAAAAAAAAAA